AUGAGGGUGGUGACAUGGAAUGUAAGAGGUUUGAAUAAUGGCCAGAAGCAAAAUGACCUCAAGAAGUUCAUCGUAGAUAAUAAAGUAGAUAUUAUAGCAGUGUUAGAACAUAGAGUAGCACAACAAAAAGCUACUCCUAUAAUAAAAAAAGUGGCAAGGGGAUGGGAGUCAGUUUAUUAUUAUUCACCUAAUAGGAAAGGAAGAAUAUGGCUAAUGUGGGAUCCAAGAUACUGUGAGUUCUCAGUGCUGCAAAUGAAAGAACAAUACGUACAUGGACAGGUGCGAAUCUAUGCUACCAAUAAAAAUUUCUUACUCACAGCAGUUUAUGGGUUGCACACUAUAGUGGAUAGGAAGCCUUUAUGGGAUGAUCUACUCACUCUUGCACAACAAAUUACUAUUCCUUGGCUUAUAAUGGGUGAUUUCAAUGCUGUUCUUGAGAUUGAGGAUAGACUUGUGGGAUCUCCUGUACAAGCAAAUGAAAUGGUGGAUUUCUCUAACUUUGUCCAGAGUGCAAGUAUGCUGGACCUGAAGGUUGUUGGCAGGGAAUAUACAUGGACUAAUAAUCAUGUAUUUAGCAGAAUUGAUAGGGGAUUGGUAAAUGCUAGCUGGGUUCAGAUGUGGGAUGCUUUGGAGAUUAUAGUAAUGGCACCUGAGUUCUCUGACCACUCUCCUUUGAGUCUGACUGUGGAGGAGAGACAGACCAUGAGAGCUAAGCCCUUCAAGUUCUUCAAUUGUUUAGCUACACAUCCAGACUUCAGAAGUAGUGUUCAAAGGAAUUGUCAACAAAUAUGCAAUGGUCGCCCUAUGGAGAAGGUGUGGAAGAAAAUGCAUAGGCUGAAACAUGUUCUCAAAAAACUAAACAAUACAGAGUUUAAGGGGGUGGAUGAAAGGAUAGCAUUAACUAAGCAGAAACUUCAGGAUAUUCAAGCCCAAAUGAUAGGCCCUAAUGACCAUCAGUUAUAUUUUGAGGAGCAACAAAGGGUGAAAAUAGAACUUGAAAAAUGGUACCAGAUACAAGAGAGUGCAAUGAAACAGAAGGCAAGAGUAAAUUGGCUGAAAUUGGGAGACUCCAACACAACCUAUUUCCAUGCUUGCUUAAGGAAUAGAAUGGCACAAAAUCACAUCCGAAGCUUAACAACAAAUGAUGGGAGACUGAUACAAACUGAUGCACAAGUGCAAGAGGAGGUUGUGGGGUUUUACAAACAAUCAUUGGGCACAGCUGCUUCGCACCUUCCCAUUGUCAGAACUGAAGUUAUGCAACAGGGAAGGGUGUUAUCAAGGGAUCAACAACUAAUAUUAGUAGAAAAUGUGACCAUACCUGAGAUAGUUGAGGCAGUGAUGGACAUUGAGGAUAACAAAGCACCAGGGAGUGAUGGUUACAAUGCUUUCUUCUACAAAAAAAUUGGGACAUUAUUGGAGAGGAUGUGA